CAGCUGUUAGCGACAGACUUUUCAGUUUGUGGAAAGCGGGUGAGGAGAGUGUAUGUUGUGCUUUUAAGGUGAAUUGUAACCCAACGUGGGUUUGUUUACGUUUUUCAUAGACUGAAAGCAAGAAGCGGUUCCGCUGAAAAACUGACUGAUUAGCGGCGUUCCUGAUUUCUAAGAUUUGUGCAAACCGGUCCAAGUCGUCCAAAGACUGGCGCCUAAUUUCCCCAUGCAACUGAAACGUUUGCUAAUGUUCGGUCAUUGUUGUAGAUGAGAGCGUGACUGGACAACCAAUGAUUGCAGCUAAGGUGAACGACCAUCAAUACCAGCAGUGUUCUGAGUGUGCAAAGAUGGCGUGACCACGCAACGCUUAUGCAGCUUCCGAGGCCAAUGCGUGGCGGUCUGCGGAAGGCCGCUGGUUUCUUCUGCUGCGUGGUGGUGCUCUACUUUGUGGUUCAGGCGAUUCUGAGCGAACCGAGCAAACCUCGCAUGGUCUCCACGCAGCAGAAGACGAUCAUGGGCAGCGACAACAAGCUCUACGAAUAUGGUAGGCAGAUGCCGCUCAUCUUCAUUGGAGGAGUACCGCGGUCCGGCACCACUUUGAUGCGGGCCAUGUUGGAUGCACAUCCAGAUGUUCGAUGUGGUCAGGAAACGCGCGUCAUACCACGUUUGCUCCAGCUUCGAUUCCAUUGGCUCAAGUCGGAAAAAGAGUCAAUGCGACUGGAACAAGCCGGCAUCACCAGCGACGUUCUCAACUCGGCAAUCGCAGCCUUUACGCUGGAAAUAAUUGCAAAACACGGGGAUCCGGCGCCAAGGCUUUGCAACAAAGAUCCGCUGCUGAUCAAGAUGGGCAGCUACGUGAUCGACCUGUUCCCCAAUGCCAAGUUCAUCUUCAUGGUGCGCGACGGUCGGGCCACGGCCCACUCAAUUAUCACCAGAAAAGUGACAAUCACCGGUUUCGACUUGACCAGCUAUCGGCAAUGUUUGAAGAAGUGGAACAGUGCGGUGGAGGCCAUGAACAAUCAGUGUCGCGAAAUGGGCAAAAACAAGUGUUUACGCGUGCCGUACGAACAGUUGGUGCUCCAUCCGAAGGAGUGGAUGGAAAACGUGCUCAACUUCCUGGACAUACCUUGGAACGAUUCCGUUUUGCAUCACGAGGACUUUAUCAACAAUGGCAUCAGUCUGAGCAAAGUGGAGCGAUCGUCCGAUCAAGUGAUCAAGCCAGUAAAUCUCGAAGCGCUUACCAAAUGGGUGGGCAACAUUCCAGAUGAUGUGGUGCGAGACAUGGCAGAAAUCGCUCCCAUGCUUUCCGUUCUCGGCUAUGAUCCAUACUCCAAUCCUCCCAACUAUGGAAAACCCGAUGAUCAGGUGGCUGCAAAGACGAAAGACAUUCAACGAAACAAGAACGUUUGGGACAAGAAAGCCAAAGAAAUGUUUAGUGUGGGCUGGGAUAAUGCAGGCGACAAAGACAUGGACAAGGACCCCAGCGACAAUCCAAACCUAACGUGAUAAAAAAACCGAGUUUCUGGGUAUUUUAGAUUUUUAAUUGUGCUCUGGUCGAACGUUGAAAAUGUUCAUUUGACGACGACAAAAAACAGCUCUAAAAUGACGUUAUGAUUGUUUAUGUCUAAUUUAUUAACUUUUUAACCGGUUGGCUUAUAAGAGGCACCACAGCGAACGGAGUUCUGGCAGGCAACAGAAAAUUUGAUUCCUGUAUUUGGACCAUAAUUACCUAAAUAUCAUCUAUUUAUAAAUCAAUUUUAUGAUGUAAUGUUGUGUUAUUAAAUAAACGAUGCGAAUAUGUUGUGCUUGAACUGCCCCGCUAUUUCCAAAGAAACACGCCACUUGUAAAAAGUUUAUUUUGUAUAAAGGACGUCAAAAUCAGUCGGCAAUGUUCUAAGAACACGCAAGUAACAAAAAUACAUAUCACAUUGAGUUUUUCGGGUCGAAAAAGUCAUCAGUUUCAAGCAUCGGCAAUUGCAUAGUUAAUAUUGUA